AUGGUGAUCGCGAUCACCAAGUAUUUCGACUGGCCACUGGACCAACUCGAUGUGGUGACAGCCUUUCUCUACGGAGUGAUGAAGGAGAAGGUGUACUGCGUGACACCAGAAGGCGUCGAGAUGGAUGGCGACUUCGACUGUCUCGAGUUGGUGAAGGCGAUCUACGGUCUCAAGCAAGCUUCACGUGUGUGGAACGAGACUUUCGACGAGUUCGUAUGCUUUAUCGGUUUCGAAGUGUCGGCGUUCGACCCAUGUCUCUACAUCAAGAUUGUCGACGGUCACUGUGUGCUCGUGCUGGUCUACGUGGAUGACGUGUUGGUCACCGGCAGCUCACUCGAGUCGAUUGCGCAGACGAAGGCCGACCUCAAGACGCGUUUCGAGAUGACCGACAGUGGCAAGUGUACUUUUGUACUGGGCAUCGAAGUGGUGGACGAAUCGGAUGGCAGCGUGACGAUGUGCCAGCGACGGUAUGUCAACGACAUCCUCGAGCGCUUCGGCAUGGAUGAGUGCAAGGCCACAGCAAGUCCGGUCGACUUGAGCACUCGGCUUGUCGCAAGCAGCGAAGCGGCCAAGAUCGACGUUCCGUUUCUUGAAGCUGUGGGAGCUUUGAUGCAUUUGAUGACUGCAACGCGCCCAGAUAUCGCGUAUGCUGUGGGGUACGUCUCGCGCUUCAUGGAGAAUCCGCAGCAAGAACAUUGGACGGCGGUGAAGCGCAUCUUUCGUUACUUGCAAGGGACCAAGUCGCACGGACUCCGCUUCCAGCCAAGCGACAAGAUCGACUUUCGCGGAUAUUCUGAUGCGAACUGGGCCGGCGACUAUGCUGAUCGCAAAUCAACUUCGGGUUACGCGUUCGUACUUCUCGCGGAAUACAUCGCGCUAAGUCUGGCCAUACAGGAAGGCAAGUGGGUGCAUCGCCUGCUAUGCGAGAUUUUGGCGGCUGCAAACGAACCAGGACCGGACCUCGUCAUCCGUGAAGACAACCAGUCGUGCAUCAAGAUGACGAAGAAUCCGGUGAAUCAUGGCCGCGCUAAGCACAUUGAUAUCAAGUACCAUCACAUCCGUGAUGAGGUCAAGCGCGGUGAAGUAAAGCUCAAGUACUGUGAAACUGCGGUGAUGUUAGCGGACAUCAUGACGAAGGGACUUCAUGGACCACGCCACAAGGAGAUGACGACGGCUCUCGGGAUUCGUGAGCAUUCGGAUUGA